UUCACUAAACCUGAAACCACUUUUGUGGAAUUGGGUCAAAGCAAUUAUUUGACACACAUGAAAGGAAGGUUUCACAAAAUUAAUUUUGUGAUGUUUUCCACCCCUCGGUGUAAUUAGGGCUGAUUUGUGCACUGUGCUCUUGCAAGCAUUUAUUUAGUUCAUUUUUUAAAUGCCAUUUUACAAUAGCAUUCAUUUUACAGAGUUGAGUUUAUUGCAUGUUAAUAUCAUGCUAACAUAUGUAUACACUAAUAGACAGUGUUUAGGACAUUUACAGUUAGUUAUCAGUGCUUUUAUCUCGUCUCUGCAGGUGUUGGGCUUUGAUGCUGUAAAUAAACUGGAGAGUUUCCUGUCUCCUGUAACAGCGAGUGUGAUUGGAGGGUGUUGGACCUCUUUCUCUCUCAUUAAGGGGUGUGAGAGGAUGCCUGUACUUCUGUAUCAUCAGUGCGGAGAAGCUUGAACUGGAUGUUGAAUUAAUCAAGCAGAGAGAGAUGGAGAGAUGCCUGACACUCAUUUUACUGACUACAGUUGUAAAACUCAUCACAGCUGACGGUGUGAAUGUGAGGUUGGUUGGUGGUCACAGUCGCUGUGCUGGUAGAGUGGAGGUUCUUCAUAGAGGUCAGUGGGGAACAGUGUGUGGUGAUGACUGGGAUUUGGCUGCUGCUGCAGUGGUGUGUAGAGAGCUGGACUGUGGAGAACCUGUAGAUGCUCUGAGUGAUGCUCAUUUUGGACCAGGAUCAGGACCAAUCUGGAUGAGUUAUGUCAUGUGUACUGGAUCAGAGUCAACACUGAAGAACUGUGGGUCAUCAGGAUUGGGUAUAAGCAACUGUAAUCAUACUAAAGAUGCUGGAGUCAUCUGCUCAGAAGUCAGGCUGGUUGGAGGUUCUCGCUGCUCUGGGAGGUUAGAGAUACUUGAUGAUCAGACGUGGGUUUCAGUGUGUGCUGCUGCCUUUGACCAGCAGGAUGCAGAGGUUGUGUGUAGAGAACUGGACUGUGGAGCUCCUGUACAGGUGCUGGGAGAAGAUGCUUUUGGAAAAGGAGACGCUCAGAUGUGGACACAAGAGAUUCAGUGCAGAGGAAAUGAGUCUCAGAUUCACUUCUGUUCAAAAUCCUUUCAUAAAAACAGUUGUUCACAAGAUAAUUACCAGGGGCUGCUCUGUGCUGAUAAAAAGAAUGUGAGGUUGGUUGGUGGUAACAGUCGCUGUGCUGGUAGAGUGGAGGUUCUUCAUAGAGGUCAGUGGGGAACAGUGUGUGGCGAUUUUUGGGAUAUGACUGAUGCUGCAGUGGUGUGUCGAGAGCUGGACUGUGGAGAACCUGUAGAUGCUCUGGGUGAUGCUCAGUUUGGACAAGGAUCAAAACCAAUCUCGAUGAGUAGUGUGUUAUGUGCUGGAUCAGAGUCUACACUGAAGAACUGUGGGUCAUCAGGAUGGAGCAUACAUGUCUGUACUCACAAUUCAAAUGCCGGGGUCAUCUGUUCAGGUCAUAAUCCUUCAAGACUUGCUGCUGGCUCUCACCUCUGCUCUGGGAGGUUAGAGAUACUUGAUGAUCAGACGUGGGUUUCAGUGUGUGCUGCUGCCUUUGACCAGCAGGAUGCAGAGGUUGUGUGUAGAGAGCUGGACUGUGGGGCUCCUGUACAGGUGCUGGGAGAAGAUGCUUUUGGCAAAGGAGACGCUCAGAUGUGGACACAAGAGAUUCAGUGCAGAGGAAAUGAGUCUCAGAUUUCAUUCUGUUCAGUAUCAUCGUCACAGAAACACAACUGCACCAGUGAAAAUAAUGUGGGCCUGAUCUGUUCUGGUUACACAGAUCUCAGGAUGGUAAACGGUUCAGAUUCUUGUUCUGGAAGAGUGGAGCUUCAGUUUCUCAAUGAGUGGGGCACAGUGUGUGAUGGAUGCUGGGAUAUGAGAGCUGCCAGUGUCCUCUGUAAACAGCUGAAUUGUGGGGUUGCUGUGUCUGUUGUGGGAUCAGACUGGUUUGGCGAAGGAAGUGGUGAAAUCUGGGCUGAUGUGUUUGAUUGUGACGGGAAUGAAACAAAACUCUCAGAAUGUUCCAUCUCUUCAUGGAGUCGAGCUGAAUGUUCUCAUAGACGAGAUGUUGGAGUCAUCUGCUCUGAUUCCUCUCUAGCUGUUCAUGAUGGUCUGGUGCGGUUGUCUGGAGAGAGACAGUGUGAGGGGGAGGUGGAGGUUUCCAUCCAUCAGGUCUGGAGGAGAGUUCUGCUGGACUCCUGGAGUCUCACUGAAUCCUCUGUGGUCUGCAGACAGCUGGGCUGUGGCUCUGUGUUGAACUUCUCCGGCUCCUCUUCAUCCAGUCCUGAACACAGUCAUGAGUGUGUGACGGGCUUCCAGUGCUCUGGGAGUGAAGCUCAUCUGGGGAACUGCAGAUCUCCACAAACUCUCAACUGCAGCUCCACACAACAGCUGUCAAUCGCCUGCCUUGGUGAGAAGAGCAACAUCUGGGCAGAUUCUUCAGUUGUUAGUCGCGGGUCCAUCAGGCUGGUGGGUUCUGGGGGAGACUGUGCAGGGAGGCUGGAGGUUUUUCACAGCGGCUCAUGGGGGACAGUGUGUGAUGACUCCUGGGAUAUUAAAGAUGCCCAUGUGGUGUGCAGACAGCUGCAGUGUGGAGUGGCCCUCAGUAACCAGCAGGUACCAGCCUGGUUUGGUCCUGGUUCUGGACCCAUAUGGCUGGAUGAGGUGGAGUGUGAGGGGAAUGAGACGUCCCUGUGGAGCUGCUCUUCUCCAGGCUGGGGAAAACAUGACUGUCAACACAAGGAGGAUGUAGGAGUCGUGUGCUCAGAGUUUAAAGAGAUCAGGUUAACCGAUGGCUGUGAAGGGAAUGUGGAGGUUUUCUACAAUGGAUCCUGGGGUAAUGUGUGUUACAAUAAGAUGGACAAAGACACAGUGAGUCUGAUCUGUCAAGAUCUGAACUGUGGAAGAUCUGGUGUUUUGUCCGAUUCUACACCAAGAGUAGAAUCAGCUCGUAACUGGCUGGAUGAAAUGAAAUGUCGACCACAUGAUUCAAAUCUGUGGCAGUGUCCAUCUUUACCCUGGGGACAGAAUGACUGUGACAGUGAUGAAGUGGCCAAAGUCACCUGCUCAGAACAGGAGACUCAUGAGUCCCCACAUUUGUCUUGCUCCACAUCUCCACAUCAGAGACAGUGUAUGACUCCUACUGUAGUGAACAAGCAUGUUCCUCUCAGACUGAGUGAAGGGGAGGGCCGGUGCUCUGGGAGGCUGGAGGUGUAUCAUAACGCUGUGUGGGGCUCAGUCUGUGAUGAUCUGUGGGACAUCAGCGAUGCUCAGGUGGUCUGCAGACAGCUGGGUUGUGGAGCAGCACUGAGGGCUGAUGGGAAUUCAGUCUUUGGUGCUGGUGAAGGUGUUGUGUGGCUGAACAGAGUCGAGUGCAGAGGGAAUGAGAUUCACCUGUGGGACUGUCCUCUCUCCCUGAAGAACCACACUGACUGCUCCAACAAAGAGCACGCUGGACUCACCUGUGCAGAUUUGUCAGUGUCCACUACUCCUGCCACAACAACAUCAUCUUCUCCUCCAGUUUCUCAGACAGUGAGCUCAACAUCAGUCUCUCCUCCACAAACUCCUCCAGCAGCGUCUCUCUCUGUGCUUGUGAUUGUACUGGGAGUUGUGCUCUUACUGCUCUUAGUGCCACUGCUUAUACUGAUUCAGCAGAACAGAGUGAUGAGGAGAGCUCUCUCUGACUGGUACACAGGAAUACACAGGGCUCCAAGUGAAGCAGCUUAUGAGGAAAUUUAUCACAGACGCAAUCAUUUCACUCAUACAGGAGAGAGUCUCAUCUCUGAAGAACUGCAUUCUAGGUGUGAAGAUGAUUUGCUUCUCUCAGAAAGGCGGAAUGCAUUAACAUCAGGAUACUAUGAGGAAAUCAUCAUUGAUGGACCAAAAUCAGAUCACGAGACAGAUGACACACCAGAGGGCUAUGAUGACGUCAUUACCACUGGACAGACCAAUGAGGGAGAUCAGGAGGAGUAUGAUGAUGUGUGGAAUAUCACUGAAGAUUUGAGAAACCUGUUAGACAGGGCGAAUGACAUCACACUGGGUUACUAUGAUGAUGUCAUCACUGAUGGACUGAAACCAGAAUGUGAAACAGAAGACACACCUGGGAGCUAUGAUGAUGUCAUCACCAGUGAACAGAACUCUGUGGACACACCAGAGAAUUAUGAUGAUGUCAUCAUUAAUGGACAGGACACUGAAGCUAUAACGGAGGGAGAUCAGGAGGAGUAUGAUGAUGUGAAGAACAGCAGUGAAGAUGAGAGAAACCUGUUGGGUCAGUUUCUGUUGGAAGAGUCUCAUCUGGGAGAGGCAGCAGUAAUGGCUCAGAAAGCUGCAGAGCUGGACAUAUGCUCAGGGGGCUGACAGCGCCCAGUUUCUUCAGUGUGUUUGAGGGAGCAGAGGAGAAACUUGUGCGUUCUGAACCGAUGAAAUGGAGCUGAAGGAGAUGAUGGGGAGAUGUUUGAUGCUGAUGUUACUGAUCAAACUCAUC